AUGAACUUAAUCCAAGAAAAUAAACAGUAUGUAGAUAAAGGAAUUAGAAAAGAACACCGUAAUCGUCCUUCUUAUGAAGAUUUACAAACUCAAUUAGAACAAGCCAAAAAAGACAAAGAAGAAAAUGAAGCCCCUAGUUUUGAAUCUUUCGUGGAAACCGAAGCCAAGACUCUCCAACAACCUAAUUAUCCCUCUCAGAAAUAA